UUUGUUAUGACAGUUCUGCAACGUGGGAUCAUUUUCACGAUAGAAAAUCGUCGAUUUUUGCAUUAGUUCGAGCCACUGGAAAUGAAUCAGUUGAAGAAAGAGGAAAUUAUUCAGGCGAUUGUCAUCGCCGAUAAUUUCAACGAUUGCCUUGUGCCAUUUACCGACCGUAAUCCAUUGUCUCUGCUUCCAGUGGCCAAUGUACCUUUGCUUGAUUAUGCACUCGAAACGCUCAAUCGCUCCGGUGUGGAGGAAGUGUUCUUAUUCUGUGGGAAUCAUUUGAACGUCGUCAAAGAGUAUGUGAAGGCCCAGAAAGAUGCCCAUUGCAGUUGGUCAAUCGGUAUGACUGUCUCAAUUGUGGGCUCCGAAGGAUGUCGAUGUUUGGGAGACGCCCUGCGGGAUGUUGACGCCAAAGGUCUUGUAAGGGGAGACUUUAUCCUCACCGGUGUGGACACAGUAACCAACGCCAAUUUUGCUGCAAUUUUGGAAGAGCACAAACGUGUCCAGAAGUCGGACAAGGGAGCUGUUAUGACGGUGGUAUUCAAGGAAGGUGCUGCUCAUCAGAGAACCGAGAAUGAAGUGAUGAUCGCCAUGGAUAGAACCACGAACCGGUUGUUGUUCCAUCAACGACUGAAAUCGCAGUCAAAGGAACGCAACUUUACGAUUCCAUUGGAAACCUUUCUACUAAAUAAGCAUGUAUCUUUGAAGCACGGACUGAUUGAUCCUCAGAUUGCAAUUUGCAGUAAUGCUGCACUUCCGCUGUUCUCUGACAAUUUUGAUUUUCUGACCCGAGACGAUUUUGUGCGAGGGUUGCUUAUCAAUGAGGAAAUUCUUGCGAGCACGAUCUACGUUUCAAUGCUGCCAAGGCAAGAGUACGCCAUGAAAGUCAGCAAUUGGCAGAGCUUUCAAAUAACGAGUAAGGAUGUCGCCAAUCGAUACGUUUAUCCGUUAGUUCUCGACAUGGGAGUUUGCGGAAAUUCACAGAUGUAUUCGUUCUGCAGGAACAACAUUUAUAGACACAAAGAUAUCCGACUGGCAAGAGAAAGCUUUCUCGAUUCAGACGUGGUCAUAGGAAAGCUCAGUGAAAUCGACGCAAACACAUUCGUUUCUCAUUCUGUGCUGGGAAAGGGUGUGAAGAUUGGAAAAAACUGUCGGAUCACAAAUAGUUUUCUCAUGGAUGGUGUAGAGAUCGGAGACAAUUGUCAGUUGGAUCUUUGUGUUCUAAGUGAACGUGUGAAAGUUGGUCUGGGAAGUAAAUUGACGAAUGGAUGCAUUUUAGGGCAGGAUGUGAUUUUGCCUAAGGGAACUGAGAUUUCGAAGCUAACGCUGCAAUCGAUGAAACCGGACGAUGAUUGGUCGGAAGGUAUCGAAUGUAUCAGCGAGUUUGCCUACACUGUUCCAGAUUCCACAGAAAACCCGGAUAAUACGUUACUGGAGUCGGAUGACGAGGGUGAUACGAACGCAUUUAAUCACGCAAUGCGACUCAGCAAACUUGAGAGAACACACGCUCCAUCGGUGUAUAGCAGUUCCUCCGAAGAUGGCGAUUCUCGAGCCAUUUCCCCAAUCCAAGAGGAUGCACACAUAUUUUUCUCAGAAGUUCUUGAAUCACUCAAACGAGGAUACACGGAAAAAUCCAAUGCAGAAUAUCUCAUUCUUGAAAUAAAUUCGUCACGUUACGCCUAUAACAUGGCUCUGGCGGAAGUAAAUUUUUACGUAGUAAAGGCACUUUUGCAACUGCUUACAAUGCAAGAAAACGCCGUAAACAACACGAUUGCUACCCUGAACCAGCUGUUAUCUUAUUUUGGACCGGUGUUUAAAAAUUACAUCCGCGGUCGCGAUGCCAUGAUGGAUUGUUUGAAAGCUCUACAGGAAACUUGUUCCCAGGAGGAAUUGAUUCAGGCUAAAAUGGCGCAACUUAUUCAUUGUUUGUACGAGAAAGACUACCUCACAGAGGAUGUAAUAUUGGAAUGGCAUGCUGAACUCGACGAGACCGAAGAAGGUACACUGAAGAAGAGUCUUACGAAGUUGGUCGAUUGGCUCAUGCAGUCCAGCGAGGAAGAUGAUGAUGAUGACAGCGAAUAGAUUUACACAAUGAAGCAUCAUUGAUUAUUUGGGGGUGUGCUGACGAUCGAUUAGCACGCAGAUACAGAAUAGAAUGAUCAGAAAUGCUCGACCGGCAGACCAAGUGAAUAGUGUUUACAAGCAACUGUAAGUGAGAGUGCAGUAGUCUACUACAUCCCCCUUUCUUUCUGAAAUAAAUGAAUAAUUCUAGUAUGUAUAGUUA